AUGGGGGAUGGACAGUCAUCUCUUGGCAUAUGCACCAUUGCCAUCGCAUGCUCGCCACAGUGUCCCACACUGUACAGACAGUAUUCCCAACAGACCAACGUGGUGCUACAUGAAGCCCUCCAGUUGAUGGGCCGGUGGGGAUCUGCAUGUGUGACUGCAGCAGAGCAGACAAUGAGCGCAGUGGGUCAAUGCAGAGCAGCAAAGCAGGGGCUUUCCUCCUACCGACACACUUGUGUCAGGCACCUUUGCGACGUCUAUUUCGCUGUUGCCCACUUCGAACACAAGCCCAUGUCCACAUGUCUGUUCAGGCGGCUGCAUGUUUUCAGAUGCCACAAGGGUGACAAUCUUCUAGACUGCAGUGCAGUAUGA